UUCAGGCUGCUUCGUUCUUCCAACAGAUUCUAAUCUUUGGGAUUUUUAGUUGUUCAGUUAAGUUAUUUUCCAAACCCAAGAAAAGCUUAUCCGCUGGCUAAACAUGGGUUGCACUACUGGUUGCGUUAAGUGUUUUCUCAACACCCUCAAUACUCUGAAUGCGCUUUCGGGUCUAUUGCUGAUAGCCAUUGCUACGCUUGCCCUCUCGAAAGCCCCUCUUGCUUACAUCGUAUUCCUAUAUGGACUGGGCGGCGUUAUCUUCGUCUCGGCAAUUCUGGGAUGCUGUGGAAUCUGCCAGGAGAACGUGUGCAUGACCGCAACGUACGGAUUCUUACUGUUGGGCCAACUGAUAAUUAGCUUGCUGGGCAUUUUCUGCUUUAAAUUUAGUAAGGAAUACAUUGAGAAGUUCGCCAAAGAGGAGGUUCAGGUAAAAUGGAACGAGGAGCUGGUGGAACCCGGUGCAAUGGACAUUUACCAGACAUUGUAUGAGUGUUGUGGACGUGAUAGCCCCGAUGACUACGUGGUCAUCGGCCGGGAAACCUUGCCUUCAAGCUGUUAUCCCCAGGGGAAUACCCAGGAGAUCCCCUAUCAAGAUGGAUGCGCCCUGAAAACCAGUCAGGACUUUGUGGAUCUUUUCAGCUAUUCAAACGACUCCAACUGGAUGGCAGUGGUCAUUACUGUUCUCAUGGUGUUUGGUGCCUUUUAUUUGGUCGGACGAUUCCGCAAACAGCGCAUUCGCUACAGCUACUAAAGACUGAUUUCGGAUUAGGUCGAAAAUAAGGCAUUUGGAAUCCAUUGUAUCCUUUGUAAUUUUAUACGAACUUCAGAGAAGUAAUAAUAACAUCAUACAUAUAUACCUA